AGGCUCGAAGACAAACGAACCGCGGCCGAACUUCGCACUGUCGUUUCAGGACACUGUCGAACCGGGAACCCCACUCGUUCCGAGCAAGCUUUGCCAUGGCCAUUAAGACCACCAUUGCUUCCAUGCAAGCAGCCAGCCGUGCUCUCGAGAGUGAAGACGUCCGAGACGUCAAGCGUUUGCAGGUCCACAAGCAAACGCGUUUGUGCAAGUUCUUUGCGGUGGGCCAAUGUACACGCGGCAGCGCUUGUGCAUUUGCCCAUGGACAAGAGAAAUUGAGACAACAGCCCGACUUCUCCAAAACCCGCCUCUGCGCCGAUUUCAUGGAGUUGGGCUCUUGUGCUGAAGGUGAUGGGUGCAAAUUUGCCCAUGGCAAGCACGAGCUACGCCCCGGCUCGGCCGCCAAGAUCGGUCGGCCCUCCAAGGCGGCGCGGGCCAAGGCGAAUGAAGAGAAGCCAGAUCCGACAGAGCUGCAGGCCCGAAGCUUUCAGUUGAAGCAGUCCCUGCACGACCAAGCAGCUCUGCGUCUGAUGAUGCAAAGCGCGGCCGGCACCGGGCCGGCCACCGCGGCCACGACAGCCACGGCGGCCACGGUCCCGAGUCCGGAGACGAAAGCGGAGAAGACCCCAGCAGCCCCAGCAUUGGUUGGAGAGGUGAAGAAACCCAAGCCGCAGCAACCUGACACGUUGAAAGCGGUGAGCCCAAGUUUGGACUUGGAGAAACCGCGUCGAAGGCGCCAGCGCCGCUUUCAGCCGCGGCACGUCGCUGGCCAGUGACGCGGAGAUGCCCUUUGCACCCCAGGUGUCGGCGCAGAGCGCAGGCAGCCCCGUGAGUACCAUCCGCGAGCUUCCAGAGUUGAAGGAGGCCAUCAUGGUGCAGGUGAAGAAUACCUUUAUUGAGGUCAGCGACAGUGACAACGACAAGGAGCAAGAGUUUAAAGAAGGACUUCGUCGUUCGCAGUCCAUGCCGCUUUUUUAGGACCCCAGUCACCAGACAGCAGGCGGAUCAGCAUCCUCCGAUGGAGGUUUUGGCCGA